GUUAGACAUUUGACACGACUUUCAGGUCUUGUUUUGCACUCAUUUUGACCACAAUUUGUGUCAACAUUUGAUUGAAUCGACAAAUGGAGACAUCGUUCGUGGCUUCCGAGGAAUAUCCGUCCAUUUAUCGGAUCCGUUUCAUGCCGUCAGAGCUGACAAACCUAUACAACGAUAUACUGCCGAACGUAGCCAUCAAUCAGGUGAACGACCAUCUGAUCCGAUACGUGACCUCUUGUAUUGAGCCCAUCGGAUGGCACGCCAUAUGGCGAACGGUUCCCAAUGAUGGCAACGGUCUGUCCACUCAAUACGAUUUGGAAGUGGAGAUCAUCGAUGUCUUACACCAUCAGUUGGUGGCCAUCGGUGUGGUCUUAAGACAACUUCACCCCAAAGACAGCGAACUGACGGCCGAACAAAUGUCGGAGAAGGAGAAGCUGUUGAAUGAGACCAAAGUGGUGAACAUACCGCUCACUCAGCUCUAUGUGAUCAGCGAUGGCGACGAGGACAACCAGUUCCACAGGACUGCGCUCGUCAUCGAACAGAUCCGCUUCUUCUACACGAAUCUGUGGCGUCCGUGGGAUGAGUUGGACAACAGUGAGAGCGCCGGACACGAGGUGUUUGUCGAGACGCGACUCAAACCCAGACUCGAGCUCUCGUUUGACAUGAAAGACAAGAUCAUUCCCCAGUCGACUGUCAACCGCAUUAAGAACCUGUUGUCCGAGUCUUGGGCUAUAAAACGCAAAAUCGAUUCAAUCGAUUCCUACAAGUCUUUCGACUCAAUGGACAUCAGUAUUGAAGACAACUCUGAGAUCGAUUACAUCAACGAAACCGAUUUGGUUCAGGCGAUGAGACUGAAGCUCAGACUUGAAGACAUUGAGCGAGAGAUGAGAUUACUUGAAGACAAACACUUGAGAAUAAUCGCGGCGUCGCUCAGGAGUAACACCGGAGACACCAAUGGAUUUGAAGACGAGUCCAUCUCAAAGCAAAACAAAAUCCAUUUAAUCGGAAAGACUUUUACUGUGGAACCACUUAAGGAUAUUCUAAACUCGUUGUCUCAAGUGAUCACUGACCCAACAGUUCCGCUCAUGUUUUACAACAGUCUGUCUCAGGCGUUGGCUUCUGUCAGAUCCGGUGAUAAAAUCUUUUUAAUGCCCGGACUCUACUCGUGUCCAAUACUUCCGUGGAUUGAACGCGAUAUCGAAAUCAAUGGUUUCGGGGGAACAGCCGAUGAGAUAAUUAUUGAAGCGAAAGACUCUGUCGGAGAUAUCUUCUUGAACUGCAACUCAAAUAAAGUGGUCUUCACUGGUCUGACAAUGAGAUCGACGUCUGAACUCCAGUGCCUUCUAAUGAUUCACAAGGGGUUCGUGUCAUUCAAUAACUGUGUUCUCGAUGGCGCACAUCAGACCAGGAAUGCGUUAAUUGUUUUGUCGAAAGCAAAGGUCGAGAUCGAGAACACGAGAAUCAUUAACGAGAGCGGCAAUGGCAUCAUCUCCAGAAAGGGAAGUGUUGUCAUCAACAGAGAUCUCGAACAAAAUCUGAACCAAAAACAAGACCACAAAUCGCAUGAAAUGCAUAUCAAUCUGAAUGGUGGCAGUCCUUCGGCGCCACUAUUGGAUGACAUUAUCGAUACUUAA